AUGGGAGUUUUGAAGACACCAGGGUCAGCCUUCCUUUUGCUCCAAAACCACACAGGUCCCAGCCUCACCGAAGCGCUGUUGCCGCAGCGCUUGGCGCAAAACGCCCUGGUGGACGAGUUGGGACGCGCGGGGUCCUCGCGCUUGCACUACCGGCGAGUGGGUGGAAAGAGCUUGGAGCUCAUUUCGGGCACUGGCCCCAGCGAGGGGUGGAUCAGCACGCAGAUCGCGGGGAAGACGCUGGCAGUGAAGCUGGAAGAAGCACCGGGAGCAGCGGCCGACGGGAGCUGGAGCACUGAGGGCACUGGGAGCAUGCCACCCGAGCUGGCGACUAUCCUGGAGAAGGGCACCAAACAUGUGACCGCUUGUGCCUGUGAUCAGGAGGACCUACAGAUGUUCCAUGCGAUUCGGCAAGAGCUUUCGCAAGGGCAACGGCCCUUCAGUGGGAACUGGCGUCCUGCCAAUGAUGGGAAAUGGAAGACACCUUGGAGGAACGGCUUGGGAAGCGAACAAGUGGAGGCCGCCGACGGGCAGAAGCUGCCGUACCUGGCCAAGACCUUGCGGAAGCUCAUGGACAUGGUGAAUGCUGAGAUGUUGCAGUGGUGGGCCAACUUCUAUGAGGAUGGCUCGGUGGGUUGCGAGUUCCAUCACGACGGGCACGCGGAACACAACAUCACCGUGGGCGCCUCCUUUGGCGCUGCCAGGUUGUUGACCUUCCACCACGAGGACACUGGAGCUGAGAGGUCGUUCCUGCAGCGGAACGGCGACAUCUUUGCCUUCGACCACUCGGUGGACGAGAAGUUUAUGCACGGGGUUUACCCGGUGGAGGACGAAGCCCUGGGUCCUCGGAUCUCGGUCAUCAUCAUGGGUCGCUUACGCCCCAACAGCGGCCUCCACCGGAGCUUCGUCCAGGAUCAGCGAGAAAACCGCCAGAACUUCUUCCAUGAUUGCAUUGAACGAUUCAGAAGACUCGAAAAGUCUAUCGAAACUCAGGAGGCCACUCUGCUUGAAAAGGAGUCUUACCACUCGGGGUGGUGUUCCAGAGUUUCAAGGAGGCCUCCUUGCGGAAGCUCUUGGAAGAAACCGCGAUGCAGGCACUGGAAGAAGAUGUUGGAGAACUGCUGGAAAGAAAGCAUUCCAGCAAACAGAGCAUGCAACUCCUGCUGGAAGAGUUCAACAGGAACACAUCCAGGCGAGCCAAAUGAAGGAAUGAAGGGAGGCACAAGCCACUGUUUGGUAUGUUUAGGGGGAAUAUAG